UUUUUGAUUCUAUUUUUGUUGGUUUUUCAAAACGUCGAUGUAGUAAAAUCUGGAGUUAAAGCUAAGCUAAAGCUAAAGCUAACGAUGUGGAAGAAGAAACCGUGUGAAGGUUCAGAUCGGUUUGAAUAUUUACAAACUCUGGUCGGUGAGUUUCAGGACACCGACAGUGAAGAGGCAAAGGAGCAGGUGCUGGCUAACCUGGCCAACUUUGCAUAUGACCCAAACAACAUGGAGUAUCUGAAGGAGCUGCAAGUGACCGACCUCUUCUUGGACAUGCUCACUGAGGACAAUGAAAACUUUGUGGAGUUUGGGAUGGGGGGGCUGUGUAACCUGAGCAUGGACCCUGAAUGCAGAGACAUCAUCCUGCAGAACAGCGGCAUCAGCUUAGUCACCAAUUGUCUGUCGAGCCGGAGAGAAGAGACCGUCCUGUCAGCCAUCACCAUACUCAUGAACCUCACCACGGCCUCCUCGCGCUCCGAGAUCACCGACCCGGCCAUCCUGCAGUGCAUGCUGCGUUUCUCUCUCUCGGAGAGCCCCCGCCUCAGAAACCUGGCCGCUGUGUUCCUGCAGGACUGCUGCAGCGAGGAGCAGGUGGCCCGAGCGGAGCAGCAGAUGCAGGGACAACAGAGCGCGGUCGGUAUCCCGCUGCCAAAAGACUAAAGAGACAGCUGGGGAAUUCAUGUGGGAGAUCUUUGAGGACUCUGGAUCUGUUUGCUCUCUAUGAGAGUUUAAGAACUAUUUUUAGCUCAUGACUAAAACGACGUCGACAGUAUGGUUGAACAUUUUGUCACAAAGCCUGUGUCAUAAAUCUGCUAAUUUAAAUGUAUGAAUUACAACCACAAUUUCCUAGUU